UCUAAAAUAGCACCAUCAUGACCAUCGUCACAGGGAGUGAAUAUAGUUGCUGUGAUGUGGGCAGAGCCGAUGUGGUCUGGACAGGAUCCAUGCUUCACACACAAUCUAGUUUAUCUUCAGCCUGCAUGUUGAAACAUCCAGGAAGCUCAUAGAACAACCAAAGAAAAAUCUGACUUGAGUAUCAGGUGGCGGAAGCUGCUACAGAGGGAUGAUGGAGACAGAUCAAAAGGCAGACCCGGAGCCUGAGGCCCAGGUCCCAGACAACACAGAGGCCAUGAGCCUGGAUACCUCGGGGUUCGAGGUGACCGCCGACCGCCUGGAGCAGCUGAUGAAGAGCAUGGAGGUGCUGCUGUCGGAUGUGGAGCAGCUGCGGAGCCACUGCAGCCACCAGGCCAGCGAGCUGAUCCGAGCAGCCGUGGACCUGAGGCAGCAGCAGGACGAGCUGAAGGAGAGUUACUCAGAGCUGUCCCGAGAAAUGCAGGAGAUCAUGGACGCCGUGGACGACCUGUUCAGCACCAAGAGUGCCUUUGAAACCAAGGAGAAGCAAGCGCAGAAACUGAAUCGGCAGCUCUGAGGGACAGAAAGUGACCGACGCACUUAUUUUCUCAUUUGCAGAGAAAAACAAGACUGUGUGUGUGGGGUGGUGGUGGUGGUUUUGGACUGGGAAGUGUGAGAGUAAAUCUGGAAGCGAUGGAUUUGGAGGGGGUGUGUUAUACAGAGGUUUUCAUGGCUUUGAAGCAAUAUUUUAAUGUCUCUUGAAUGGCAUUAUAUAAACUUGUUGUGCACACUGUAGUUUUUAGGUCUAUAUCCAGCAACUACAUUUCACUGAGAACUUGGUAAAAUGCAUGAUUUUGUAUCAGACCAGUAAUGUGAUAAAAUAAAACAGCACCUCAGAAAUAACCAUAAAGUUGAGCUGCUGUGAUUUUAAUAAAUCUGGAAGAUUAUGAGCUUAACAGAGGUACAAUUUGUUGCAUUGCUUUCAUACUAGAUUACCAAGUGCUGCUGUCUUUAACUCAGGUGAUGACAAGACUAUGCAGAGUUUUGACAUUUGCUGCGUGUCAACAAAUGAUUUACUAUCACGCCUACUAUCAUCACAUUUUUUUUCUUGCACGCCCACUAACAAACACAUACACAUAUCAUAGUUAUUUUUUUCCAUCACUCAGGCAUUCGAAGAUAAGGCUAAAGUAUAUAUUUGACUCUCAUCAGCCUGGAUGGCUCCUUCAGCUUUGCAGAAAUUCUGGCUUAGGAAUGUUGCUCUCCGCUGAUUCCCGGUGGUACAUCUUCCAUGUUUGCUUCCCAUCCAGCCAUGCUCCACUGUGGUUUCUUGCUAAAAUAAACCUAAAUAGAGCCUAAGGGCGAUAUUUAUCUCCCACUAGCACCUCUGUUGUGACUGACUGGUCUGUAUUUAGUGGUUAUGGGAUGUGUGAAAGGGACAAUCGGUGGCCAGCAAUGUGAGAAAAAAUAUAUCAAUCUUUCACUAUUGGGUUUCUUAUGUAAAACUAUAUGAUUGUUAUUGCUUUUCUUGGUUUAAAAAUCAUCCAUGAAGCCAUUAAAUUAUGUGUGUCCAAACA